UUACACUGUGUAUAGGGAAUAGGGCGUCAUUUGGGAGGUGAUCUAUAUCCAGCCGCUGAUCAAGCCGCUGUCCUCUUGUUAUGUAGCGGUUUCCUCUUAUCAAACUCUGACCGCACCGCAGGGCUGUAAACACAUACAUAGUCUCUCUCCAGAUAGGUUAGACAACACAUAGUACUAAGUCCACCGCAAGGAGGAUUACAUUCGUUGACACAGAGUAACGUUCGUAGUUUAGCGGCAACUUUCCGUUACAGGCGCAAGGAGAGCACCGUCAGAAUGUCGGAGCCGUUAAACAGCCAGAUCCCGGGGAUGGAGGACACCAAAACUAACGGGACUCCUAAAUAUGAGUCUACCGGUACCGCCAAGUCCCUUCAAGGUUCAACCGUUAGUUUCCAUAACAUCCACUAUAAGGUGACGCAGAGCAGCGGCUGUCUGUGUAUCAAGAGGAAGACCACCACCAAAGACAUUCUCAUAGAUCUGAACGGUCUGAUGAAACCAGGGCUGAACGCUAUCAUGGGGGCCACAGGAAGCGGGAAGUCAUCGUUUCUGGAUGUGCUGGCAGCCAGGAAGGACCCAGCAGGUCUGGCUGGAGAGGUGUUGAUAGACGGAGCUCCUCAACCUCCCAACUUCAAAUGCCUCUCAGGAUACGUGGUCCAGGAUGAUGUGGUGAUGGGAACUCUGACUGUGAGAGAGAACUUCCGUUUCUCUGCAGCUUUGCGUCUUCCGUCCUCCGUCAGCCAGAAGGAGAAAGAGGACAAAGUCAACCGACUCAUCACAGAACUGGGCCUCACUAAAGUAGCAGACUCACGGGUUGGUACCCAGUUGAUCAGAGGAAUAUCAGGAGGGGAAAGGAAGAGGACAAACAUCGGUAUGGAGCUGAUCAUCGACCCUCCUGUUCUCUUUCUGGAUGAACCCACCACCGGCCUGGACGCUAGCACAGCUAACUCUGUACUACUACUGCUCAAGAGGAUGUCUAGUCAUGGCCGUACCAUCAUCCUGUCCAUCCACCAGCCUCGUUAUUCCAUCUUCCGUCUGUUUGACAGUCUGACUCUGCUGGUUAGUGGUAAACAGGUUUACCACGGCCCCGCUCAGAGUGCUCUAGACUACUUCUCUAACAUCGGGUACACUUGUGAACCCCACAACAACCCGGCUGACUUCUUCCUGGACGUGAUCAAUGGAGACUCUACCUCCAUCGCCUUUGAUAGGGUAAAGGAAGGAGACGACUCUGACCCAGACAAGGUUACCAGUUCCAGGCAGAACAUAGAGGACCAUCUGGUCCAGGAGUACCGGGGGAGUCAGUACUAUGGAGAGACCAAGGCCCAGUUAGAACGCAUCACCAUGAACAGGGAGUACAGUGUGAAGACUCCCUCUCGGACCAUCACGUACAACACCUCCUUCUCUACUCAGUUCAGAUGGGUCCUGAAGAGAACCUUCAAAAACCUCAUCCUCAACCCUCAGACAUCCUUCGCUCAGAUUGGGGUGACUGUGUUCCUGGCCCUCAUCGUUGGGGCCAUAUUCUUCGGAGUGAAGAAUGACCAGAGUGGCUUACAGAACAGGAUGGGUGCUCUAUUCUUCAUCACCACCAACCAGUGUUUCAGUUCCCUGUCUUCUGCUGAGCUCUUCAUCACCGAGAGAAAACUGUUCAUUCAUGAGUACAUCAGCGGUUACUACAGAGUAUCAGUCUACUUCCUGUGUAAGAUACUCAGUGACAUCAUCACCUUAAGGACACUCCCUGCCAUCGUCUUCAGCUGUGUGGCUUACUUCAUGAUCGGGUAUAAAGCUACAGUGGAGGCCUUCUUCCUGUUCAUGUUGACCGUAGCUCUGGUAGCCUAUACAGCUACUGCUAUGACCAUGGCUAUAUCAGCUGACCAGAGUGUUGUGGCGAUCGCCAACAUCUUCAUGACCAUAGCCUUCGUCUUCAUGAUGAUCUUCUCAGGCCUGUUGGUGAACCUGCCCAGUAUUGUUGAGUGGCUAGCCUGGUUCCAGUACCUCAGCAUCCCUCGGUAUGGACUAACAGCUCUCCAAAUUAAUGAGUUUGUAGGUCUCCAGUUCUGUGGAGACAUUCCCCUCAACGGCACCUUGCCCCCUGGUAUGACAUGCACGGGGGAAGACUUUCUGAAGAACCAGGGGAUCGACUACACCACGUGGGGGCUGUGGCAGAAUCACGUUGCCCUGGCGAUCAUGACCGUAAUCUUCCUGUUGAUCGCGUACUUCAAACUACGCUUCAUCAAGAAGUUCACAUAGAGGUCACGGGUUAAGCCUAUUAUACACCUUCCCUUGUCCUCCUCUCAAACGAAAUGCUGUAACUUCCGCUGACAUGUCAGCGUCCGCAGGACACUUUUUAAGGGGGCAAAAAUUAGAUUGAGGCUGAAGGUGAAAUUAGGCAUUAGAGGUCCAUCAUCAUCAUCAUCAUCAUCAUCAUCCGACAGCUAUUGUGCCAAACCAAUAAAUGCAAUGAUUUCUCUACCAAUGUGUCUUAUCUACAGAUGUUUUAAAUCAUGUCUCAAGAUAUCUAUGUGAUUUAUUUUUGAACCAUUCGUGUUUUUAUGACGUGCAAUUUGUUAAAUGUUUUAUUGAUGCAACACAACGUGUAUUGAUGCCUACGGUUGAACAAGGCCCCUAGGACUCUGGAUACAAGAACAGGGCCCCUAGGACUCUGGAUACAAGAACAGGGCCCCUAGGACUCUGGAUACAAGAACAGGGCCCCUAGGACUCUGGAUACAAGAACAGGGCCCCUAGGACUCUGGAUACAAGUAGUUCCCUAUGGUUGAACAGGGCCCCUAGGACUCUGGAUACAAGAAGUUCCCUACGGUUGAACAGGGCCCCUAGGACUCUGGCCACAAGUAGUUCCCUACGGUUGAACAGGGCCCCUGGGACUCUGGAUACAAGAAGUUCCCUACGGUUGAACAGGGCCCCUGGGACUCUGGAUACAAGAAGUUCCCUACGGUUGAACAGGGCCCCUAGGACUCUGGAUACAAGUAGUUCCCUACGGUUGAACAAGGCCCCUAGGACUCUGGAUACAAGAACAGGGCCCCUAGGACUCUGGAUACAAGAACAGGGCCCCUAGGACUCUGGAUACAAGAAGUUCCCUACGGUUGAACAGGGCCCCUAGGACUCUGGAUACAAGAAGUUCCCUACGGUUGAACAGGGCCCCUGGGACUCUGGAUACAAGAAGUUCCCUACGGUUGAACAGGGCCCCUAGGACUCUGGAUACAAGAAGUUCCCUACGGUUGAACAGGGCCCCUAGGACUCUGGAUACAAGAAGUUCCCUACGGUUGAACAGGGCCCCUAGGACUCUGGAUACAAGUAGUUCCCUACGGUUGAACAAGGCCCCUAGGACUCUGGAUACAAGAACAGGGCCCCUAGGACUCUGGAUACAAGAAGUUCCCUACGGUUGAACAGGGCCCCUAGGACUCUGGAUACAAGUAGUUCCCUACGGUUGAACAGGGCCCCUAGGACUCUGGAUACAAGAAGUUCCCUACGGUUGAACAGGGCCCCUAGGACUCUGGAUACAAGAAGUUCCCUACGGUUGAACAGGGCACCUAGGACUCUGGAUACAAGAACAGGGCCCCUAGGACUCUGGAUACAAGAAGUUCCCUACGGUUGAACAGGGCCCCUAGGACUCUGGAUACAAGUAGUUCCCUACGGUUGAACAGGGCCCCUAGGACUCUGGAUACAAGAAGUUCCCUACGGUUGAACAGGGCCCCUAGGACUCUGGAUACAAGAAGUUCCCUACGGUUGAACAGGGCACCUAGGACUCUGGAUACAAGUAGUUCACUACAAAGGGACUAGGUUGCUGUUUUGGACACAGUCCUAUACAUUGUUUCUAUUUACGUUUUGUACACUGUGUUUAAACACUCCUACACUAACACAUGAUCGACGGCACAGGAGGCUGGUGAGGGGGAGGACGGUGCAUAAUAAUGGCUGGAAUGGAUUCAGCCACAUGGAAACCACGUGUUUGCUACCAAUCCCUUAAUUCCGUUCCUGCCAUAAAUAUGAGCCAAUCCUCCCCACCAGCCACCUGUGAUGAACAGUAUAACAAUGAUAAUUAUGCAAAAAAAAAAGGAAGAAUAAAAUAAUAUAAUGUAAUAUCAA